AUGUCUUAUGCUAAAAAGAACCCAGAAAUCGGAUCAGUUCGAUUUGUCGGAAAUAUGGCCGUCGGAGCAAGAGCCAGUAUUGUGUGCGUCAUAGUCAACGGUGAUCCUCCGUUCACAUUUACCUGGUUAAAAGAUAAUAGAGAAAUAAAGAAUGUUCCCGAUUUGCCUAUAUCCACUGUUGACGAAUUUACUUCUGUGCUCUCUGUCUCAAAAUUGGACGCAGAAAGUAAUGGUAAUUACACGUGCCGAGUUGCAAAUCGUGCUGGAAUAGAUGAAAAAUUUGACACUGUUUUGGUAAAGGCUAUGAAAGCCCCUAUAGUUAAACCCUUCCAUUUUUCUGGAGAGUUCAGUCCAGGCAUGCGAACUGUUGUGAUGUGUACAGUGAUUCAAGGAGAUCCACCCUUCACGUUUGAUUGGUUUAAAGAUGGCGUGAAAGUCCUGGUGAUGGAAGAUUUCUUCAUUAAGCAUUUUGAUGAAUUCACUUCAAAUUUAAUCAUUACGAAUAUGGGACCGCAGCACAAUGGUAAUUACACGUGCAGAGUGACCAAUUCUGCAGGAACAGAUGAACAGUCUGAUAAAUUGAGUAUGAAAGGUAGUUCCGCGCCUGAGCUUUCCCCUUUGAGAUUUCCCUCCGAGUUGAAAUUUGAUAAACGAACUGGUAUCACGUGUACUGUCGUUGUUGGAGAUCCUCCAUUUCAAUUUUUCUGGUUUAAAGACAGUGAACAACUGAAGGAUGAUGCAAUCAAUUUUAUCCUAACGACAGAUGGAUUCAACUCAAUUUUAUCCAUUCCAAAACUGAGGAAGCAAAUAUUUUGUUGCGAUUUCAGCCUAAACAAGUUAGCUACUAAAAUGGUAAAUUCUCUUCUUGCUGUGGCUUGCUUGCUGAUCCAAUACUCAGACUUUAUUUGUGGUUCAAGUGCGCCAGAAUUAGCACCACUACAAUUCCCUCCUGUUAUAAAACAAGGUAAAAGAACCGUCGUCACUUGUACAGUACUAGAUGGCCUGCCACCCUUCCGCUUUUCUUGGUUAAAAGAUGGCGAUGUAUUGAAGGAAAAUCGAGAGUAUGAAAUAGCAACCAUGGAAUACAGUUCGGUACUGUCUAUACCCAAUACAGCAACGAGUAACGGAAAUUACACUUGCCAUGUUUCAAAUACAGCUGGAAUGGAUGAGAAACACGGUGUACUUCUAGUAAAAGCAAUCAAAGCCCCUCAACUCAAACCCUUUCAUUUCACCGAGUUGAAAGCUGGUAUGCGGAUAAGUAUUUUCUGCACUGUUGUGGACGGGGAUCCGCCAUUCUCCUUCAAAUGGUUUAAAGACUCCAAAGAAGAUAACGAUCUAAACAUCAGGUCAAUUGACGAAUUUACCUCCACCUUAACUAUUACCAAUCUCGGAGCAAAACACAAUGGCAAUUACACUUGUAGAGUGUCCAACUCUGCUGGUAUGGAUGAGAAAUCUGAUUCGUUAAGUAUGAAAGGUGCAAUUCCAGAAUUAGCACCUCUGCACUUUCCACCAACCGUCAAACAAGGCAAAAGAACCGCUGUCACGUGUUCUGUGGUUGAUGGGCAACCACCGUUCCUUUUUUCUUGGUUAAAAAACGGAGAAGAUCUAAAAAACAAACGGCAAUACGAAAUUACGACCACGGAAUACAAUUCUAUGUUGUCCAUUUCGAAUCCUGGAGCUGAGAGUAACGGAAAUUAUACGUGUCGUGUUUCUAAUGCAGCUGGUGUGGAUGAAAAACAUGAUUUGCUCCUGGUUAAAGCUCUUAAGGCUCCUAAAAUCAAACCUUUCAAUUUUGCUGGAGAAUUAAGCGUUGGAAUGCGGAUCAGCAUCUUCUGCAAUGUGUUGGAUGGCGAUCCACCUUUCAAUUUCCAAUGGUUCAAAGACUCUCAAGAAGAGAAAGACUCAAACAUCAAACUUUUUGACGAAUUCACCUCUACCUUAAUCAUAACAAACUUAGGGGCUCAACACAAUGGAAAUUAUACCUGUAAGGUAUCUAAUGCUGCGGGUAUGGAUGAAAAAUCUGAUGUGUUAAGCAUGAAAGGAGCAAUGAAACCCGAACUGGCAGCACUACAUUUUUCUGCUGAAGUUAAAUUUGGUAAACGGACUGCUAUCACUUGCACAGUUGUUGAUGGAGAACCGCCAUUUACGUUUUCAUGGUACAAAGAUAAUAUCUUGCUCAAAGAAGAUAGUAACUAUUUUAUUGGAGCUAUGGAUGGGUUUAAUUCAAUGUUGUCCAUUUCUAAACUUGACAGCUUCAGUAAUGGUAACUACACGUGCAAAGUUACUAAUGGGCAUGGGGAUGAUAAAAGAAAUGCGUUGCUUCAAGUCAAAGGUUCAAAACUGGAAGUUUCUUCACUGCUAUUUCCUAGCAAUCUCAAGUUCGGAAAAAGAGCAGCUAUCACUUGCACAGUCGUUGAUGGUGAACCACCGUUUAGGUUUUCCUGGUUUAAGGAUGGUGUCAGUUUGGAACGUAUCAAAGGAUACUCUUUCAUUGGAAAUCCUGAGGAUAUCACAUCCAUUCUAGUUAUUACUAAACUUGCAGCCGAAAGCAAUGGCAAUUACACUUGCAAAGUUGACAAUGCAGCGGGAACCGUUGAAAAACAUGGAGUACUCCUUGUAAAAGGUUUCUCUAAACCAGACAUCAGACCAUUUCGUUUCUCCGGCAAUCUCGCCGUGGGUAAAAGAACUGGAGUAGUAUGCGUUGUCAUCGACGGCGAACCACCUUUUACAUUUACUUGGUUUAAAGACGGAAAUGAAAUCAAAGAAACUGCAGGAUUUUCUGUUGCAAAGGACGAUUUCACAUCUACCUUAUUUAUCGCAAAACUUGGUGCUGAAAGCAAUGGAAACUAUUCUUGCAGAGUAUCAAAUAAAGAUGGUAUAGAUGAAAAAUUUGAUGCACUUCUUGUUAAUGUGUCCCCACAAUGGGUGCAGGAGCCGAAAGACCUUUCAGCGAUGGGAGGACAAAUCACGUCUUUGGAUUGCUUUACCAGAGGUUAUCCGAAGCCCAAUGUCAGUUGGAAAAAGAAAAAUGAUGACGGUAGUGAUUUGAUGAUAACCGAGAGUUCUCGUUGGAAAAUUGCUGAAAAUGGAUCCCUCGUUUUUAAGAAAAUCAGUAAAGAUGAUGAAGGAGUUUAUACCUGUGAUGUCAAUAAUGGCGUUGGAGAAGGCUUAAGAAAAUCGGCCAGAUUGAGUGUCAAAGCUCCUCCCCGGAUUGGCUCUGCCUAUCGAAUCAAAAAUGCCCGUAAAGCUGAAUCGACAACUUUGGUGUGUGAAGCAGAAGGAGAUCAACCAUUGAUAACGUCAUGGUCGAAAAAUGGAGUUGAAUUGCAAACCACCGGAAGGGUGCAAAUAAAUGAAGAACUUUCUGCCACUGGAGUCAUCGCCCAGUUUACGAUUUUAUCAACUCACCGAAAUGAUGGUGGAUCGUACGUUUGUUCUGCUAAGAAUAAAUUUGGAGAAGUUAACAAUACUAUCAUUCUCAGAAUCGUCGAGCCUCCCGAACGUCCGCUGGCCGUGAAAGUCGGAGAAGUCUGGAGCCGAGCUGCUACAGUGUCAUGGUCCAGUCCGUUUGAUGGGAACAGUCCAAUUACUCAGUAUGUUGUUCAUUACUGGAAAGAUAUUGAAGGCGCAUCUCACCGCCUUCAGGAACGCAACGUCCCAGCAACACAAAACUCAGUACUGCUGAACGAUUUGUUGCCCGGAACGACAUAUUUGUUAAGGGUCGUCGCAGAAAAUGAUGUUGGACGCGGUGAAUCUUCGGAACCUUUCAAACUCAGAACAGAAGAAGAAGCUCCAACUGCACCUCCAACUGAUGUAACUGUUAUUGCAACUGGACCAACCAGCGUCUCUGUUACUUGGAAGGCCCCGCCACGAGAACAUUGGAACGGACGACUUCUUGGAUACUAUGUGGGACAUAAACGACAUCAAUCAAUGGAGCCUUUCGCUUUCCAUACUGUUCCAGCAGGAAGGUCCACCCACGCGGAUUACAGACUAACUCGUCUGCAGAAAGCUACGAGGUAUUCCGUCGUUGUCAAGGCCUUUAAUUCCGUGGGAUCUGGGCCAGAAUCCCACGAGUUGCUUGUGGAAACUUCAGACAAAGAUAGUCUGAAACCUCCUCAUCUUUACGUAUCUGAAACCAGUGACAAUACCGCCCUAUUAGAGUGGGAACAUCCAAGAGAUCUGCCUGAUAAUGUGUUCACUCAUUACAUGGUGUACUACCGACCAGGUGCCGAAGGCAGCUGGCACAGUGUGCAUGUGCCGUCCAAAGACAAGCGAUUCAAGCUCUCUUCCUUAGAAAGUGGGACAAAAUAUCAAGUGUACCUCACAGCCUACAGUGAAUCUGGAGUCAGUGACCCCAGUGAUACCCUUACUUUGCUGACAGAAGGCAAGGCCUUAGCGCCAUCUAUUGUCAGCGCUUCAGGUGACACUCCAUAUUAUUUAAAGUUGCACUUCAUCGUACCAGUGGCGGCAUCUAUCGUCAUCAUUGUUAUAGUAAUUGUUGUUGCAUGGGUUUGGGUAAAGAAAGCUCAAUUCAGAGACGAAAGAGAAGCAGCUCGAGUGUCUUUGUACGCCGAAGCCUAUUACACCUUGCCGCACAAAGGCGGCUUUUUCCCGACGCAAGUUCCAAUGGCUGCUGGAGCCGCAGGUCCUACUGUCACACAAGACGAUGCCUACGACGUUCCCUGGGAUCUACCAGUCGCUAGACCUAAGCAAUGAGGAAUCAACUAGUGAAGUUGUUCCCCAAACAUUAGAAACGAAAAUCUCUCUUUAUUGUAAAACCAACUUUUCUACGAUUUUUUAUGGUGAGUAGAAAUAUGUGAACAAAUAUUAGUUCGUCGUGCCCUUUAUUCUCAAUGUGUUUUUUAGUAUGCCAAGGACAUUUUAUAAGUAUUUAUCAGCUUCAUGAAGAUGUACAUAUUUGUAAAUUUCACAAUUCAUUUGCAGUUUCUCUACAACUAUGUAAUGCAUUUAUUUGUUUUGUAAUAAAUGUUUUUCGACA